AUGAAGUUUAAUUCUGAGGGGGACCUUCCUGAUUCCUAUGACAUCAUAAAUAUCCAGAUCCUCAGCAAUAGCUUUAACUUGGUGAAAGUGGGGAGGAUUGACCCACAGGCCAAACUGGGAGAGAUGGUCAUCCUGAACAUUAGCACCAUCCUGUGGAAUGAUCACUUCUUACAGGUAAAUGAUUCUGACAUCACACAAGUGCCGAUCUCUGUCUGCAGUAACAGCUGUCAGCCUGGAUACAGGAAAGCCUCUCUGCAAGGAAGACCCAUCUGUUGUCAUGACUGUGUCCCCUGCUCUGAAGGAGAGAUGACCAACUACACAGAUGCUGGUGAAUGUACCAAAUGUCCCUUCGAUCAUUGGUCCUAUGGGGAAAGGGAUAGGUGUGUCCCGAAGGUCCUAGAGUUCCUCUCCUACGAUGAACCAUUGGGAAUCCUGUUGGUGAUAACAGCUGUUAUGUUGUCAACCCUCACUGUAUGCAUCUUAACCAUCUUUAUUAAAUAUCAGGACACACCCAUCAUCAAAGCCACCAAUAGGGAGCUGAGCUACAUCCUGCUGGUGUCUCUCAUGUCCUGCUUCCUCUGCAGCCUGGUAUUCAUUGGUCAACCAUCCACAUUCAGUUGUCUCUUAAGACAAACCUUCUUCAUCAUGGCCUUUUCCAUCAGUAUCUCCUCAGUCCUGGCCAAGACUAUUAUGGUGAUCCUUGCAUUUAAAGCCACCAGGCUGAACAGUCCCCUAAGAAAAUGGCUGGGUCCUGCCAUCCCUCGUAACAUUGUAGGACUUUGUUUAAUUGUUCAGAUAAGCAUUUGUUCCUUAUGGCUUCACAGGUCCCCUCCUUCUUUAAUGCUUAACACCCUAAACCAUAAGAUAAUAUAUGAGUGUAAUGAAGGACAGAAAAUAUUUUUCUAUGUGACUCUGGGGUUCAUGAGCUUUCUGGCCAUGGUAAGUUUCUUAGCGGCUUUCCUGGCAAGGAACCUCCCAGGAAGCUUCAAUGAGGCCAAACUCAUCACCUUCAGCAUGCUGGUCUUCUGCUCUGUCUGGAUCUCCUUCAUCCCGGCCUAUCUGAGCACCAGUGGGAAAUACACAGUGGCUGUUCAGAUAUUCGCUAUCUUGGCCUCCAGCGCGGGACUGCUAAGCUGCAUAUUUCUACCCAAAUGUUAUAUUAUCCUGCUGAGACCGGAGAAGAACAGACGAGAGUUCCUAUCAGACCGUAAAAAAAAGAAUGGAUCUGCUUAAAUAAUCUCCUCUGGAAUUUUAGCAAAGUUAUAUAUUGGUUAUUCUAUUAAAAAUUU